GGGCCAGCUCCCCAGGCUGUCCUGAGUCUGGUUAAUCAUUCAACACGGGCGGCGUGGAAUAUUUUUUAGAGGUCAACACGAAAGGUUCUCCCGAAGUUUCACAGAAACCAGUCUUUGGGGACCCGGAGAUAACAGUGCCAGCGGAUGGGGGUGGAAAGCGAGAGCCAGAGGCUCACAAACACCUGAUCUGCCCCUGCGGCACCCGAGACCGGCGCAGUGCGCGGGCGGGGCAGCACAUCGCCGGCGACGCUCCCCCGCCGCCCAGGCCCGCACCUCAAGCGCGGGGUGCAGCGCGGCUCAGGGUGUCACUGCCCUCUCCCUGUGGGUGCAGGAAGAGCAGAGGCCGAGCAGGUGAGAAGGUCGGGAAGGAGGUGGAGGCCCAGAAACUGGGGAGAAGGUGAGGAGACCGUGAAGGAGGAGAGAAGGACCGGGAGGUGAGGAAGCCCGGCAGGAGGAACGGAGAGACCGUAAGGAAAUCCGGGAGGUGAGGAGGCCAGGGAAAUGAUGUGCGGAGGCCAGGGAAGUGAGACUGGGGGCGGCGAGGAGGACCCGAUGGAGCGGAUGCGCAGACACCGUAGGAGCCACAGAGGAGCGGCCGGGAGCGCCGGGCGCCCACACCGGCCGGAACUGGCGCGGCGGGGCGGGGACGCAGGGCCGGUGCCCACCCACCCGGCCCUACCUUGUCUAGGGACACCUCCAGCUCGGCGGGGCGGGGCGGGAGACCGCGGCCGCAUCCACGUCCCAGCCGCGCGUGCGGCUCAGCCCCGCGACCGCCGCCGCUCUCGCUCCAUGCGCAGUGCGCGGACGGGCGGCCCGGCGGGGUCUGGGCGGCUUCGGCUCGCCUCAGCUCCAGCACUUGUUGCCGCGGCGGCCGCUGCGCCUCACUCCCGGCCAGGCUCCCGGCACCGCCGCCGCCUGCCGCGUCCCUUCGGUCCCGCCCCCGCCCGACUCUCCAAUCACAGGGCGCGCCACUGCGCGCGUCACCGCCGGGACGGCCGGGCUCCCGCCCCUUGGGCCAAGUUUGGGAAAGGCCGAACUCGAACCCUCCCGCCAGUUGGCGCCCAGGUCCCGCUGGGAUGGUGCCCCGGGCCCUUUCCGAGCUCUCCGCCCCUCAUUGCGCCAAGAAAACCCAAAGUUACACUGGGGCGCGCGGUCUCCAAAGACUACCCUCCCCCCGCCCCAGGAAGUAGCCUCCCCCAGAAAAACAGAAGAGACCGAGUCCCAAACCUUGCUGAGAUCCAGGGACUAGUCCAAACUCUUCAGCUACCAGGGCGUGGCGCUCGGUGAGAAUUUUUCUGCCAGCGCCGGCGUGUGGCUAAGCCUAGACGGCUCCGUGUGGUUGGUGAGAGGAAUCCACCAUGGGAGGUUGUGAAGUCAUCAGAGACAUGAUGAGGUUUCCACGUGGUUUCACUAAUGUCCCAGGAAGCCAAGAAUGCAAGAUGCAGGAGGCGCUGGGUGCGGAGUUCGCACCGCGACUUCAGGAGUUGGGCUUAGCAAGGAAUUUGAACGCUGACCCCCGAGGAUGAUGUUGGACUGGGCACCAACCACACCCAACCGCGGAGCACCCGGGACCUGGGACGCUCCGCACCUAACCCAGCGCCUCCGCAGGCUCCCCAGAGCGCUACAUGCCAAGGUGAGGCCCCGAGAAAAGCCGGCGAGACCGGAUGGAGAAGUUGCUCUAGUUUGUAGGUCUGGGUGAGCCGGCCUAGUCAAACUCCCUCAUCGCCGAACCUGGAGCCGGGUCUCCCCAACCCCGGGCGCGCUUGGCAGCUUCCUCUCCCCUUCAUCCUUAUCGCUGAGGCUUCCGAUCGACCCUCCGGAGAUAAACACACUGAGAAGUUAACACUCCACACCUGUUUGCUUUUUUGCAGAAGGCUUCAGAUGGAGUUAGCCAAAGGGAAGCCAUUGACUUUCCAGCGCUGGGAAGUGGAUUUCAGUCCGCUCUCCCACGACCACGGAGUGGUUACUCGCAGAAAGAAGUGCGAGUUGUCUUGGAUGCGCAGAGCCACGUGGGUACGGUCAUCUAGAAGAAGGAAUUCUGAGUCCUUGGCUCUAGAAACGCCAAGAUUGGCAGUCUGCAGACAAUGUUCUCCAAAAAACCAACUUGGAUUUUUAUCUAUUUACAUAAACUGUUAACCACUGUUACCCUGGACAAGAAAGGAAGAGAAAAUGUCUACUUUUCUUGACUCUGCGGGAUUUUUUUUCCCCCCGCAAUUAUAAUUCGAAAAGUCAAUAAAAGAAGCAUAUUAGAAGUUA